CAAAUAAAAAAUAGAAUAACAUAGUACUAAAAGGAUGGUUGAGUUCCAUAUGAUCAAUGAAUGCCAAAGUUCAUUGGUGGUUUUGGCUCCAACUUCCAUUACGCUUAAACCGAUGCUGCUAUUCAUUCCCGUGCUUUUACCACUCACUCUGACAACUAGUCUCUCUUGAUGUUCAUGCUGAAGACUGGAUAAAAGUCUUGAGGAAGCAGUUUAGUUUUUUAACUUGGUGUAACAAUUAGUCCUUUGUUUUGGAGCAUUUUGGAGCCUAAUCCCUAGACAUGGCGAUGCAAACUGUUUAUCUGAAAGAACAUGAAGGAAUGGGCCACAGUUCUGUUGGACAGUUGUCAUCUGUGACUUCAGCACCAUGGUGGGGGUCUCAAUCAGUUUAUGGAGACUCUUGUGGUCAGAUCAAACCCUUUUCAUUGGAGUUUUCCAACUACGUGGACCACUUUGCUGCCAAUAAGAACUCAGUACGAGGAGCUGAGCAAUUGUUUGAUAAAGGACUUACAACCCAGUUUACUAUCUUUUCAGAUGAUUGUAAAAUGUCAGGUGAAGCACAAAACCUUGAGGCAACCUUAUCACUGCAGCCAUCAGUCACCGUUGCUGAGCCGCGUAACCGUUUCGAGCUCGGGUUCAAUCAGCCUAUGAUCUGUGCAAAAUAUCCUUACAUGGAUCAAUUUUACGGGCUCUUCUCAGCUUAUGGACCUCAAAUUCCGGGACGUAUGAUGCUUCCACUUAACUUGUCAACUGACGAUGGACCGAUUUACGUGAAUGCUAAGCAGUACCAUGGCAUUAUCAGACGCAGGCAAUCACGUGCAAAAGCUGUGCAAGAAAAUAAAUUGAUCAAACGUAGCAAGCCAUAUAUGCACGAAUCGCGCCAUCUACAUGCAAUGCGCCGGCCAAGGGGAUGUGGUGGUCGGUUCUUGAACACAAGAAACUCUUCUGAUGGAAAUGGUAAAAGUGGAAGUGAACUGCAUAAGAAAACUGGUGGCCUUGGCCGACAUAUGCAGUCCAGUGCCUCUCAGAGUUCUGAAGUCUUGCAAUCUGAAGUUGGAACUUUAAACUCAUCAAAGGAGACAAAUGGAAGCAGUCCAAACAUCUCAGGGUCAGAGGUGACCAGCAUGUAUUCACUGGGGGGUCUUGACAGCUUCGCUGUCAAUCAUCUUGGAUCUGCCAUCCACCACUCUCUGGCGGACAUGAUCGAUGGUGGGCAUGGUAUCAUUAUGCCCACAAAAUGGGUUGGAGCAGCAGGAAGCUGCUUCAACCUUAAAGUCUGAUCGGAAAGGACACAAGUGGGAUUGAUGCAAAUUGGUGAAAUAUGUUUGCAUCAAACCCGUCCUUUCUUCGACUUGAUGGAGAAGUUCUGUUGCAGUUUCAUGUGUUUACUGUGACAAGUUCAGUUCUACAUCUCGUUUGAAGGCAACUCAUUCUUGGCUAUGGUGCUUAGGAAAUCCAUCCUUGGCUCUCAUUAUAUGUUAUAGUACUGUCCUUUUCUUUCUGCAAAGCCCUGCCAGUGGCAUUGGUGGACAUUGUAUUGGCUUGAUAUCCUGAUUUAGUAGACUAUGAUGUGUCUGUCUGUGUUAGAAUAAAAGCAUGACUAGCUACAUGUGUGUGUUUUUAAUCAUGUCUAAGUGUGGUCUUUUGUUCUGUACUUCUGUAUUUCUGACUUUGUGGAGCAAUGUAACAUAGAACUUUGUUAUAAUAAAACAUUAAUCUCCUCACA